CGCCCGCAGCACGCAGGCAGGCUUGGGCAUCUAGAGGGCGGGGGCGUUGAGCUAGGGGUGAGGGAGGGGUGCUUGGAGGAAAAACGGACUCGGGGCACGGUACUGAAUAGAGAGAGGUCCCGGGCGCCAACAGGUGUUCUAACCGAGCGCUCGUGCGGGGACUCGGCUCAACUCCAAGAAGAAAGUGAUCGGUCCUCCAGGCAGGAAGUCCGGCUCGGCUCCCCCGCCAGAGCGCGCCUCCCGGGGAGCUGCUCCACUACCUUGGUCGCCAACGCCGCCCGUCCAGUAGCAACGGACACAGACGCAGACUGAGAGGAUGUGCAGUUCUGCCAGCCAUCAGCAAUUUGGCCUAUCCUGACUCUGAGCCUGCACCUCGGUGAAUGACCUGCAACUUAGCUGCCAUUCAGGGCCAGCCUGGGAGAAGACCCGAGGACAUAGGACAGCAGCAGUCCCCAGUCUGCAUCUGCAUCCAGCUUGGUUUGUGCAAGUUUGCAUUGUUCACUGGGAUGAAGCUAAAGAAAUGUGGAGAGAAGUGUUAAACGUAAAGACCUCUGAAUAACUGCAAAUGUGGGAAUAUUUUAAUGCUCCAAGAUAGAUAAAGAAUCUGCCCCAACAUGUCUGCCUACUACAGCAAUAGAAGCUAUGAGGAGGAUUCAGAUUACCCUCCCUAUGCGGGCUCUCAGAACCACAGGAGGGGGUUUUCAAACGCUCAGGAUUCUCCAGGUUUUCAAGAUCCUCCGAGUAUUUUGGAUUAUCCCAGUUCCAGGAAUACUUCCUUCUCUGCAGGUUCCAGAGCAAGUCCAGAGUAUCCUAGAACUCUGCCUGAGCCCGAUUACAUUGCCUCUGAGAACAGUCCGUACCACCCAGACUCGCCUCGAGGGUCAGGGUACGGUGGAGCUCAGCGAAAUCCCAAUGUGAUAGGUUCCAGAAACAAUGGAAACUACGAAGGCUCUAGAAGAAUCCCAGAUUAUCUUGACUCCCUGGGAGAGCCGGACUACCCUGGGGCCCAGGGUACCUUCAGCCCUCCGGGCCGCAGAGCCAGUUCCAACCUUCCAGGAUCCAGAAGGAACUUACACUAUGCUCGUUCCAGAGUCAGCCCAUACACAGAAUCGCUUCUGGGACAGCCUGAUUAUCCAGGGGCUGAGACUGAACUCCGUUCUUCACACUUCUUCGGGGAACCAGACUCUCAUGGUGCUGAGAAUUUCCAGAACUCUCCAGACUUUUGGGGAAACCCUGAUUACCCAGGUGCUGAAGAUGGUCAUCAUUAUGGCUCUUCUGAAAGCCUGGAAGCAAGCAGACGUGAUAAUGGCCCCUUGGGCAUUCUUGGUGGAAACCAUGAAGAUUAUCCUGAAACUGUUGAAAUGGUACCUAUGGGAACGGCAAAUCCAGAUGGCCUCUUUCUACUGGGUGCUCCUGGAAGUGGCUAUGUGAAUCCUGCUUUUGUGGGUGAAGGUAGCCCCCUCUGUGCUUAUGGAAACCCACUGCUGACUGGAUCUGACUGGUGCAAGUCACCCCAAGGACAAAAGUUGAUUGCGUCUCUGAUUCCCAUGACUUCUAGAGACAGAAUUAAAACCAUUAGGAACCAGCCACGGACCAUGGAUGAGAAGAGGAACCUGAGGAAAACAGUUGACAAGGAGAAGAGUAAGCAAUCCAAUCGUGUCCUUGAGUUCAAUUGCUGUGCACAGUGUCUGAACUCCCUUUCUCUGGGUUACCGGAGAUCCAAGAGCAACCUGUCGGAGCUCCUCAACUCCAUCAGCUUGUGGCAGAAGACACUCAAGGUCAUUGGAGGCAAAUUCGGAACGAGUGUCCUAUCCUAUUUCAACUUUCUGCGGUGGCUCUUGAAGUUCAACAUCUUCUCCUUCAUCUUGAACUUCAGUUUCCUCACGAUCCCUCAGUUCACUGUGGCUGAGAAGAACACCCUGCAAUUCACUGGGCUGGAGUUCCUAACGGGAGCGGGUUAUUUUAAGGACACGGUGCUGUACUACGGCUAUUACACCAAUUCCACCAUCCAGCAUCGGCACGGCGGGGUCUCCUACAACAUGCCGCUGGCCUACAUCUUCACCAUUGGGGCCUGUUUGAUCACCUGCUUCUUCAGCUUGCUCUUCAGCAUGGCCAAGUAUUUCCGGAACAACUUCAUCAACCCUCACAUUUACUCCAGAGGCAUCGCAAAGCUCGUCUUUUGCUGGGACUUCACCGUCACUCACGAAAAGGCCGUCAAGCUUAGGCAGAAGAAUCUCAGUACGGAGAUCCGGGAGAACCUGUCUGAGAUCCGACAGGAGAACGCCAGAUUCACAUUUCACCAGCAGCUGACUCGCUUCUCUGCUCACGUGGUCGCCUGGGUGGUCUCCACUGGCAUGGCCGUGGCCUGCUGCGUGGCCGUCUACUACCUGGCCGAGUACAACUCGGAGUUCCUGAAGACGCACAGGAACCCCUGGGCAGUACUGCUGCUGCCAUUCGUGGUGUCCUGCAUCAACCUGGUUGUGCCACGCUUCUACUCCAUGUUCAGGCUGGUGGAGCGCUAUGAGAUGCCACGGCAUGAGGUCUACACUCUCCUCAUCCGAAACAUCUUCCUGAAAAUGUCCAUCAUUGGAAUUCUUUGUUACUAUUGGCUCAACAUUGUGGCCCUGUCUGGAGAGGAGUGUUGGGAGACCCUCAUCGGCCAGGAAAUCUACCGGCUCCUUCUGAUGGAUUUCGUGUUCUCUGUAGCAGAUUCCUUGCUUGGAGAGUUUCUAAGGAGAAUCAUCGGAAUGCAGUUUAUCACGAGUCUUGGCUUACAGGAGUUUGACAUUGCCAGGAAUGUUCUAGAACUGAUCUAUGCACAAACUCUGGUGUGGAUUGGAAUCUUCUUCUGCCCUCUGCUGCCCUUUAUCCAAAUGAUUACUCUUUUCAUCAUGUUUUACAUAAAAAAUAUCAGCCUAAUGAUGAAUUUCCAGCCUCCCAGCAAAGCCUGGCGGGCCUCACAGAUGAUGACCCUCUUCAUCUUGUUACUCUUUUUCCCAUCCUUCACUGGAGUCCUGUGCACCUUGGCCAUCACCAUCUGGAGAUUGAAACCAUCUGCUGACUGCGGGCCCUUUCGAGGCCUGCCUUUCUUCAUUCACUCCAUCUACAGCUGGAUCGACACCCUAAGCCGAAGGCCUGGCUACCUGUGGGUGGUUUGGAUCUAUCAGAACCUCAUUGGAAGCGUGCACUUCUUCUUCAUCCUCACUCUCAUUGUGCUAAUCAUCACCUAUCUUUACUGGCAGAUCACAGAGGGAAGAAAAAUAAUGAUUAGGCUUCUCCAUGAACAGAUUAUCAACGAAGGCAAAGAUAAGAUGUUUCUGAUAGACAAGUUGAUCAAACUCCAGGAUACAGAGAAGAGAGCAAACCCCAGCUCACGCAUCCUGGAAAGGAGAGAGGUGGAGCAGCAAGACCCUUUGCAUUUUGGGGACCGUGAAGCUACUCCUGACCUGCGGUACAGGCGAUCUGCUCCAGAGGACAGACCGAAGCCCUGAUGAUUGCUGCAAUAGCCACGUGCCAAUCAAACCAGGGAAAAAAAGCAAAGUGGAACAACUGUCUUUGUGACACCUGAGCCUUUAAGGACUUAACCAAGAAAGGGAAGUUUAAGUUUCUAGCCAGUAGCAGAACCUGACUGUGAAGUAAAUACACCUGGUUUGCUGAGUUUCCAAAACAAAAAUUUUGGAGUUUUUCAAUAAAGACAGUUAUCAUAUUAAG